ACUCUGGCCUCCCUCCAGGGAAACUCGCCAUUGCUGACAGCAGGCGAUGCCGCAGCCCAGCCCAUGGCGGGGCCGGGCCAGGCGCUGGUGCUGCCCGUCCUGCUCUGCUGCCUGUGCCCGGGUGCUGCGAACUUGACGUGCAACGGGCGCGUGUGGAUCGAGCCCGAGCCCAGGCCCGUGGUGCUGCUGGGCUCCGACAUCUCCAUCGGCUGCGAGUCCCGGUUGGAUUGCCCCUCGCCGCAGCAGCUCUUCGUCUCCCUCAACUACAGCUCCCUGCUGGCCCUGCGCGACGGCGCCGAGCGCCUCCACCUGCCCCGCUUCCAGCUGCCCCUGGUCAGCGUCACCUGCUUCUCCCGCUGCGCCCAGAGACACCGCGUGGUGUGCGGCACCGAGAUCCGGGCCGGCUACCCCCCGGACCCCCCCGGGAACCUGAGCUGCGCCAUCGCCGAGGGCUCGGAGCACCUGCGGUGCCGAUGGGAGCGGGGCCGGAGCACGCACCUGCCCACCCGGCACAGCCUCCACCUGCGCAGGGUGGUGGCACGGGAUGAGGAGGAUGAGGAGGAAGAAAAGACCUUCCCUGCAGACUCACCUGUGCUGCUGAGGGAGCUGCACAACGACAGCCAGUACUGGGUGUGGGUGCAGGCCAGCAACGCGCUGGGCACUGCCCGCUCGGCCCCCCAGCGCCUCAGCCUGCAGGAGCUCGUGGUGCCCGCCCUGCCCGUGCCCAUGGGCGCCGAGACCACGGACACGUCCCCAGCCGUCACCACCACGCGCUGGAGGAGCCUGACGCGCCUGAGGGACGUGCACUGCCAGGAGAGGCACCGGGCCAGGGGCACCCCGGCGUGGCACGUGGAGCCGUGUGCCAAGGUGCCCCCGGAGGGUCCCCGCUGGCAGCACGAGCUGCAGAGCGACACCGAGUUCGUGUUCCAGGCCAGGUGCCGGCUCGGCAGCGCCCGCAGCCCCUGGAGCGCCUGGAGCCCCCCGUUCCCGUACCGCACCCCCGAGGCAGCCCCCGCCGCCGCUCCCGCCGUGUGGCGGCGCCUGGGCCGGGCCCUGCCGAACGGCAGCCACGAGGUGACGGUGUUGAUCAAGCCGCUGUCGGCCCGGGAUGCCCGCGGGAGGAUCCUGGGCUACGCCGUGAGCGCGGAGAGCCCCUCGGGAGCGCUGCGGCCGCUGUGCCUCACCGCGGGCACCGAGUGCUCGCUGCUGGUGCCGCCCGGAGCCCGCAGCCUCCUCGUCACCGCCCGCAACGCCAAGGGCGCCUCCAGCCCCGCCAGCAUCCCUCUGAACUGGGCGGCAGCUCCGCAAGAGUUCCCGGCCCCGGAGGCGCUGGAGGUGCAGCAGGAGCAGCAGAGCAGGGCCCUGGUGCGGUGGCAGCGCCCCCAGCCCAGCCAGAGCCCCCUGCUCUGGUUCAUCCUGGAGUGGGUGCACGGCCCCCAGCACGGCCUGCAGGAGCAGCACAGCUGGGAGAGAAUCCCAAAACACCAAACUCACACCUACAUCCCAGGGCCAGCGGCUCCGCGGCAGGCGCGGCUGUAUGCGGUGUAUCCCGGCGGGAUCAGCGCUCCCCGCUCCAGCCCAGCCCCUGCAGAGGAGCCGCUCCUGGGCAGCACCUACAGCGAGAUGUCCCAGGAUGAUGACAUCCGAGUUUUCCUGGGACUGAGCCUCAGCGUGGUUGGAUUAUCCGUUCUUUUUGCAGUUGUGAUGUUUAAAAAGUCAGUCAGGAAAAGGGUCAAGGCCGCCCUCGUGUCCCUCUUGCCAAGGUGGAUGUUUGAGGACUUUCCCCACAUGGAGAACAGCACCGUGGUGAAGUCACUCCAGGACAAGGCUGAUUUCCCCAGUGCCAGCCUCCAGGAGCCCUUCCUGGACCCUGCAGUCUCCGAUGUCCAGGAGGUGCCAGCGCAGGAGCGGCCCCAGCGCCGGGAGCCCGAGGCCAGGGCGGGGGUGGCCGAGCCCAGGGAGGUGCCCAGGAGCGUGGUGGCCCCCAGGAGCCCGGCCCCAGGGCAGCUGGGUGCCUACAAACCCCAGCUCUCCGACGGGAACGCUUUGGGGUACGUGGCUGCCGGAAUCUGCCCGGCGCAGCCGCCCACGCCCAUCCCGCAGCCAGAGCUGGGAAUCUUCUCCCAGGAUUACACCAGCCCUGUCCCCCAGCUGUGGGACACGCAGGGAGGGACCCCCCAGCUGUGCCUGCUGGACAAGAUCAACCUGGUGCUCAACAGCAGCCUGGAGUUCCCUGUACGCGGACACGGACCCGUCCCGGAGCAGCGCUGGGAGCCCGGCCCCGAGCAGAUGCUGGUGCCCGAGGAGCUGCUGUCCUGCCUGAGGGCCACCAACAGGGACCCUGCAUCCCACACGGCAUGGCAGGGCUGCCCUGAGGGCAGCUGGGACUGGGGAUAAGCCUGGAGCAGGGACACGGGCGGUGUCAGCACCGGGAUGGGCAACGGCAGAGCCAGAGCAACGCUCCCCGCUGGAAUUCUGCCUUCCUACUCCACUGCAGCUUCUUGGGGCUGCCUGGGAAUCCUGGGCCAGCAAACCCCAGUUUUAACCUUACCUCACACUGCCAGAAGCAAAAAAUCCCAUAAAGCUUGGAUUCCUGGGAUGCAAUCAGGAGAUUCCUGCAGGGUGAAAUAUCUUCAAUUACUGCUCAGCAUCGUCCUCUUGUUAAGGGUUUGGAGCACUUCCUUCCCAAAGGGUUGGAGCAUCUCAUUCCCAGAUGUUUGGAGCAUUUAAUUCCCAAAUGUUUGGAGCAUUUAAUUCCCAAAUGUUUGGAGCAUUUCAUUCCCAAAUGUUUGGGGCAUUUCAUUCCCAAAUGUUUGGGGCAUUUCAUUCCCAAGAGAUUGGAGCAGUUAAUUUUCAAAAGUCUGGAGCAUUUCAUUCUCAAAUGUUCGGAGCAUGGCCUUCCCAAUUGUUUGGAGCACUCCAUUCCCAAUUGUUUGGAGCACUUCAUUCCCAAAGGUUUGGGGCACUUCAUUCCUGGAGUUAAUUGCAGCUAAAAUGGAUAUAAAAGUCCCCCAGACAUCCUGGCAGAGAUGUGGAAAAUAUUUUGGGAUUGCUCCCGAUGAACAGACCCCGCACCAAGGAGGAUUUAUGUGUCACACUGGUACCAACAACAUGGAACCAAGAACAUGGAAUAUUUUCUGUAUUUCAUUUUCCUCCCAUUCCCAAUAAAGCCCCACUCGGGUGAGAACACACCUCCACCUCCUGCCAGGCUGUUUUAAACCCCUCUGAAGUGGUCACUGGCCAAGCCCUUCCCUUUGGGUGAGGGAUUUAUCAUCUCACAGCACCCUGUCACCCCUCAGCCUGGCUGUGGGAAGGGCAGUGUGGCACAGGAAAAUGGGAUUAUUCUGGCUCAUGAGCAUGGAUUUGGAUCUUUGGUAAAACACAGCAGCUGCCUUCCUUCAGCAGCCCUAAAACCAUCUCCAGGUGUUCUGGGACUUACAAAAUAUUCCCAUUUUUUUCCCUAUUGUUUUUCCUAUGCACUGUGAGCAUUUCUCCAUCAGCUGCUACACAAAUGGAUUUAUUUUGUUGCUUGUCCUCAGCACUCCCAAUCCCCCUGGUGUGCUGUGCUGGUCCCUCCCUGCCCAGCAAUCUGUCACAGUGUCCACAGGAGCAGUGACCAGCAAGGAGGGGAGGAUUCCCCCUCAGAAGCAGCAAACCAGCACAGAAAUGGGAGUGUGGCAGGGCAGGGAGCCCAGAAUUGAAUAAAUUGAAUUAGAGAGUGCUGCUCGAGCAGGAAGGAAGUUGUACAAGAACACCACAGGACUCUGAGCAGCCCAAGCGUGAGGAGGGGAAGGGUUUUUUGCAGAGUCCACAUCCUGAGGCUUGUGCUGCUCCUUCACCUGAGCUGCAAAACCUGGGGGGGAAUUGUUCCCCAGCCACACAGGGCUGGUGCUGCCCUCCAGGAGCUGCUGGGUGCAUGCAUUCCCAGCCCCAGGAAUCCUGAAAAUCCCCCUGGGCAGAGCAGCACAGCUCCUGCAUUCCCAGGAGCAGGGCAGGGAUGGAGAAUUCCCAGCUCCCAGCAUGGAUGGACACCAGAGAACCACCAGUGCCACCCUGCCCUGACCCCUGGGAGAUACAGGGAAUGUUUCUGCUUAUAAAGGGAAUAUUUCUGCUACGGGGAGUAUUCCACAGGUGCCCAGAGCAGCAGUGCCCAAGGACACAGGGGCUGGAGCAGCCUGGGACAGUGGGAGGUGUCCCUGCCAUGGCAGGGUGGCACUGGAUGGAUUUAAGGAUUCCCAAACCAUUCUUGGAUUCUGUGAUCCCAAACCCCAUCCCAGGAUGCUCCAAGCCCCAACCAGCCUGGCCUGGAGCUUUUCCAGGGAUGGGGCAUCCCAUGAAUCCCAUCACAGUCACUCCCAACUGAUUUAUUUUGACUUCUCAGGGUUCCCUCCUUCCCUCAAAUAUUCCAAACCCCCUCAUUUUUGGUAUCAGGAUUUUCUAUCCCCCAUUUUAAGCUCGGUUUUACCAUUGGCAGUCAGAUCCAGUGGCAGAGAUUCCCUCUUGUUGUUUAUUAGCUCAGGAAUGAAUUCCAUGAUUUUCAGGACCCACAGAGAUGCACCACGGUGCUGUCUCAUCAUCACCAAAGUUCUAAAAAAAAAAAUAUUUUUUAAUAAAGAAUAUUUCUUUUAAAAACAUUUUUUUUAAUAUAAAGGGAAGGAGGGAACAGUUAAAAGGAACAAGGAAUUGAGUGCAGGCAGCUCAGGGGGGUUGGAGAGCAGAGAGAGGCACUCACUCCUGCUCUGAACUCCAGAUGAGCUUUUUCGAUUAAAAUAUUAAAAAGAUAAAAAAUAAAAAAUUAUCUUACAGAGAAGCUAAAAUGAGAGUGGAUGUGCCUCUGGACGAGCCCCUUGCUCUGAGCAAAAAUUCAACUUUUUAUCUGUGAUGUCUGUGUCUACCAGGGGGAGUUCAAGGUGCAAGGAGGUCCCAGCACCCCCAGGGACCAGCCAGAGGCUCCCCUGUGGGAUUUGUUCACCUCCCCAAAAAGUCAGCCUGCAAAUUAUUGAACCUGAAACGAGACUGAAGAAGCAACAAAU